GGACGGAACUAUUAAAGCGAUGCACCAUCCAAAAUAAGCGAGCAUGGCGUCGGGUCAUUUGUGCAAACUGCACAGUCUCCUAACAAGACUGUCCAACGGCAGCACGCUGCGAUGUGUUCAGACUUGUUUGGUGCCGGUACGACAGAAGUCCAGCAUUCCUUCACUUGAUGAUGCUAACUGUAAUGUGGAAAUUGGUGUGACUUCAGACGGGAAAACCAUCGUGUGCUACCAUCCCGCUGCCGACAUUCCCUAUGAGCUCACUCAGCCUAUAGACCGACCGGACCCCGUGAACAACGUAGCCGAGACCCACGACCAGGUUUUAAAGGCCCACCUCAGCAAGGAGGUGCUGAAGGACAAACAGGGACCCACUAUAGAGGAGCUGAGCAAGAUGUUCUUCACCACAAAACACCGGUUUUAUCCAAAAGGACAGUAUCACAGGAGACGCAUUAAGACGAACCCUCCAAAGGACCGAUAGUCGAAGUUACCAAACUGCGAAUAAUGUGUGUUUUCUUGUCACAAUAAAAUAGAACUGUUAAAUGUUAA